AUGAGGGAAUACCUAGGCUGGGCUAAUUAAGGUAGAAAGACUCAUCUCAGAUGUGUGCAGCACCAUUCUUGGACCACGACCCCUGACAGAGUAUAGUGGAGACAGCUGAGCAGCAGUAUUCAUCUCUUUUCGAGGACACAAUGUAACAAGCCGCUGCCUAACGUUCCUGCCACCAUCCCAGCUAUGGUGGACUAUAGGCCCACACUGUGAGCCAAAAUAAGCCAUUCUGUUGUGCUUUACUGAGAAUGCCCCCCACCCCCACCCCCGGCACCCAGGCUCAGAUAUUUAAAUACUUGGUCCCCAGUUAAGUUGUUUGGGAAGGCUUAGGAGAUCCUUGCUGAAGGACAUAUGGGGGGGGGGGGCGGUGCUUGGAGGGGUUGGUGCUACUUCCAGCUUGCUCUCUGCUUUGAGCUCCUGUUUGAAGAUGUGAGCUCUCAGUUUCCGGUUCCUACUGCCAUGCCUCCCCACCAUGACAGAUUCUCAUCCCUCUGGAACCAUAAGCCUGUAGCAGGAAUCUUAAAAGGUCUUAUUAAUAAAAACAAACCAGAGCCAGGUAUUGGGGUGAAUGCUGGAAGAUCAGAGAAGCAGAACAAGCCACAGCCACCUCGCCUCGCCAAUUCCUCAGCUGAUCCUGUUUCCUCAGACUGGAAGCCUCUGAGUCCUCAUCCAAAUGGAUCUCAGCUGAACUGUGCUGCUCAAAAGCCUAAAAGCUUCACCAGGCUCUAAUUCCUCAUCCUCACACCUUAAAUACCUUUCUGCUUCUUGCCAUCACUUCCUGGGAUUAAAGGCUCUUGUUACCACGCCUGGCUGUUUCCAGUGUAGCCUUGAACUUGCAGAGAUCCAGGCAGAUCUCUGCCUCUGGAAUGCUAGGAUUAAAGGCGUGUGUGCCACCAUUUUCUGGCCUCUAUGCCUGUCUAGUAGCUGUUCUGUUCUCUGACCCAGAUAAAUUUAUUAGGGUGCACGAUAUAUUGGGGAACACAAUACCACCACAUAAGCCCAAUAAACUCUUCCCUCUAUGUUGCCUGGGUCAUGGUGCCUUAUCACAGCAGCAGUUGCUUCUUCAGGUAUUUUUGUCACAGCAUCAAGAAAGUUAACUGAUGCAGCCCAAGAGCAAAUGGGGACACUUCUGUUUGAAACUUCCAAGUGAAUUGACAGAUGAUGUCAGGGCAGAGCGCAGUUGCUGGCGGCCGCUGAGGAAGCCAGUGUGGUGGUCUGUGGUUUGAAAUCCCACUCUCCAAAAACGUCUCAGCCUCUGCUGGGAAUGGCAUUCAGCACAUCUGUGUUCCCCACCGUAAGGUUUCUCCUGACAUCGUAUGAAGAUGUACGCGUCCCAGUAUGAGGAUGGAGUUAGAAUGGGAAGACAAGUGGCUGACUCUGCCACCACACCUCUGAAACACGACCUCCUACCCACAGGCUCAUCUUUUACCUAGACAUACAGGUAGCUAAUCAUGCCCCUAGUAGAACUCUUAUUGAUUUCUAAAAUCUAGACCUCACAGAAAGUACGGGUCUCUGAAUAAAACACAUUUUGGUUAGUAUUCUUUUUUGUUUGAGGCAGGGUUUCUCUGUGUAGUUUUGGUGCCUGUCCUGGAUCUUGCUCUGUAGACCAGGCUGACCUCGAACUCACAGAGAUCCGCCUGGCUCUGCCUCCCAAGUGCUGGGAUUAAAGACGUGCGCCACCACCGCCCGGCUUUUGGUCGGUAUUCUUGAUAGCAAAAUGAAUACCUGUAUGUACAUAUGUUCUCAGAACUCACUGCCACUUCUUGGAAAAAGAUCUCAAUUCUUUUUUAAAUAAUUGCUAGGAUACAAGAGUCGUAUUAAAAGUGCUGCAGCGCCAGCUGAGCAGCUGUGCACUGUCACUGAGAGGCCAUCCAUAGCUACUGCGUUCAAAGCAAGGGUCUAACAUUCAUAGCAAGUUCUGAUGACCGAGAAAUGAUCACUGAGCCAGUUUGGCUCUGACCAUGUAGCAAAGCAUAGAAAAGAGCUAUAAACUCUAACGUGUUGUGGAAGAACAACGCAUUUAUUCUAAGAGGCUGAGAAGAAGACAAGCACUGCAGGGUAUGGUGGUGCCUGUCUUUAGUCUCCACACUUAGGAGGCAGAGGCUGGGAGCUCGCCAUGAUUUUGAGGCAAGCCUGAUCUACACCAUGAGUUCCAGGCCAGCCAAGGCUACAUGGUGAAGUCCUAUCUGAAAAAAAAAGAAAAGAAAAGAAAGGAAAGGAGAGGAGGAAGGAAGGGAGGGAGGAAGGGAGAAAGGAAGGAAGGAAGGAAGGAAGGAAGGAAGGAAGGAAGGAAGGAAGGAAGGAAGGAAGGAAGGAGACACAACAGGGUAUAGCAAUGAAAAAAAUGUGUUUAGCAAGACAGAACCCCAGAGAUGUCCCAGGGACCACAUGCAAACAGUGAGUGUGCUCUGUGUGGAGGGAGUCCAAAGCAAUAUGUGAACGUGUGAUUUCUAUCAUGGAAAAGCUGGCCAAGUUAGUAUCCCACAGCCUGACAAGUCUCCUCAUAUCCCUAUCUGUACUCUUAAAAGCACCAGCCUUUUUCCUGCAAAGGCUGACACACUCCAGUGCUUAUAUUAAGACUUGUGUUUUCAACAGUUUGCAUCAACGCCUGCCAGAACUACACUGUCAUAACCUCAACACCCAUUAAGCUAGAUUGCUUCGACCCAGUGUCUCGACGAACCAUUUUUAUAAAUAGACAGAAAACACAGUAAGAGAGCCAGUCUUCCCUCGAAGGCUCGGUCUGUUUACUGUUGCUGUAACUGAGUGUCUAAGACUGGGUCGUUUGUAAAGAUUCAUUAGCUCACGGUUCUGGAGGGUGGGGAAGCCAAGUGCAUGGUACCGGCACAUGCUCAGCGUUUAGUAAAGGUUUCCUCCGCCUGGGUUCGGACAUGAUGGAAGACAGAACAAACCUGGCAGAACUCGCUCUGUAAGAAAACACCACUCUGACCACAGUCAAAACAACCUUAAUGGCUAGCUCACCCUGAUAGGAUGCUGUCCCUUACCAUCACUGUCCGGGUGACCAAGUUUCCCACACAUGGAUUUGUAAGGAACAUACUAAAACUUCAGCACCUGCUAAGUUUAGAAAACCUUAAAGAAGUUUCCAGAACAGAAGGCAAGUACUUCUAGUCUUUAAGUCCCAAUAUCUCCACAGCUCCAACAGUAUUCUUUAGGCCAGAGCAUUUAUUACAACCUGAACCCACGUCCUUAUUGCUUAUAAAUGAGGGGCUCUUUGGAGAAACCAUUUACUUCAGCCAAAGGCAGCUGAAGACCUAGAACCCAAACAGGUCAAAUUAUACUUUGACCCUUUUUCUCCUAAGCAUUUGAGUCUUUUCUGUUGGAGUUCUCUCCAGCCUCAGAAAGAAUUCUAACAGAAAAGCAGCAGCCGUAGGCUCAUAUAAGAAAAAGUUGUGUCCUUGCAUGGUUUGGAGGCACAUUCCUAUAAUCCCAUAAUCUGGGAGGCCAAGAGGAUAGCAAGUUCUGGACCAUGUUGGCCUACAUAAUGAGACUAAGACCAAAAAAAGCCAACAGUGGUGGAGCACACCUUUAAUCCCACCACUCGGGAGGCAGAAGAAGGUGGAUCUCUGUGAGUUCGAGGCCAGCCUGGUCUACAAAGCUAGUUCCAGGACAGUCAGGGCUACCCCAGAGAAACCCUGUCUCAAACAAACAUAUAAAAAAAAAUAGGCUCUAAAUGACAGAACAAGAGAGUGGGCAUUUAUUAAACAAUACCCAGAGAAUGCUUCCUUCCUCCUCUGGUCAAGGCAAAAGUGAGAUCAGUUGCCAGAAAAGAAAGAGUCUACUAAACAUUAGAGAGUCCACCAUAGAGAUGCUAGAUGUCAAAGUGGUAGUGACCUGAAGGGUGGCAAGUCUGAGGAGGGGCACUGGACAACUGUCCAGGGAUGUGGAAUAGUGCCUGCUUUGAUCAAAGCCAUGUUUACAGGUGUGGCUGCCCAUAUGCAAAAAGUCCCAAACUGUUUGCUUAAGAUCUGAGCACACCCCUGCCUCUAACCCAGACCUCAAGAAGCAAACUAAAGGGAGAAGGGCCAUAUGCACACGAAACCUUCUUCCAAAUCAGAAAUACUUUUAGCUUUAAUUCUCCGGAUUUCUGAAAGUGAUAGAUUCAGAAGACAGAGCGAAGGAUCAAUGAAAAACAGAAAGACUGUGGUAUUGAAGCUGACUCAUCUGCUCCUCCCUGAUACCCCAGAGAAGAAGAAGCAACUCAAAAAGAGAGUGAAGAAGCCAAGAUGUAGUCAAAAGAAACAACCCCGGCACUCACCCUCAACCCCAUGCAUGACAACAUACACCACCCCAAAGAAAAUACACCUGAAAAGUCAUUGCCCUGUGGCUUUCAAUCCCUUGGCUGACAACCAGACAUUUGAGCAUACACCUGACAAGUCCAGAGGGCUGAUGGCCCUUGGGUAAUCAUCUCUGACACAGUUUCACCACCUCAGUGCCGUGAACCAGCUGCGUAGAUUUAUCACCGGGAAUGUGCCAAAUGGCAUUCCUUUUAGUAGUGGUCCUCCUGAAAAAGUAAUUGCUUAUUUCAAACUUAUUGCAAAGAUAAAAGAUUGUUUCAAACUGAAAAAGGAAUUGCUUUGAGGGUAUCAGUUAAGACUAACAAAAUGAGAAUAAAAAGACGGAUCUCUUCAAAUACAGAGACAUUGCCCUAUUUCCCCAUUUUGCCUUCUCCGACACCCCCUUUUUCUCCUCACACACGUACCACCACCAUUACUCAGACAACUGGACUGAUUGUUCUCGGCUCCCUGACUAGGAAGAAUGUGUCAGAAGAUCGCAAAAUUUAGAUGGGUUCAUUCCCGGCUUUAAGAUUUUAAAAUGUAGGCCACUUGGAGAUCCAACAGAGCUAUGACAGAUAAAAUGUACUGGGGACAUUGCUGAGGAAGAAUGGAAUGCCUCGCUCAUCCCAACCUACUUCCUAAGCUAGGAAAGAGUCCCAAGAGAGAAAACGAAAGAAUCGAACCGAUCCUGAAAGGGAAACCAUGUCCACUGAUCUGGAAGGACUCACAACUCCCCAGGCAGACCAGUGGGCUUCAGGAGAAAAGAUACUAAGGCCCCACUGCCCACACAGAGCUGGUAGAAGGGAGGCCUCUGAGAAAAGAUGGCUGUAUGGUCACCUGAGCAGAUGAUGCCGGCACAACAGCAUAGACAUCACUGUACCCCGGAAGAGUGAGAAUGUGGGAAGAUGUCCCCUGCGCACCCCCUAACAGCACACAGUAGCAGUCCAUGAUGAAAGCAGAGGAGAGCCUGUGUAGAUAAGAAUGAACUUUGGAACAGUUGCAUGUGUCCACCUGUGGAUCAGGUGGGGUGACGGUCACUCCAAGUCACCAAUAUCAGCAGAUGACUUGAGAACCACAUUGAUCUGUUUUCUCCUCCGAAGCUCAGCCCUGGGCACUGCUAGCCCACAAGUCCACUUUGAAGCACAGUCAUCUGAGUAAAAGAAACCUCAAAUCCAGUCCCCACAAUGACACAUUUCCUCCAACAAGGUCAUACCCACUCCAACAAAGCUACACCUCCUAAUAGUGCCACUCCAUAUGAGAUUAUGGGGGCCAAUUACAUUCAAACUACCACACACACACAUAGGACAGGCCAUCGGAGAGAAAAACAAUGUUAACAGUUUCAACAGGUGUAGACUGUGUGACAGAGCAACCAUGACAGUCUCAUCCACACUGUGAGCCCUGAAAUAAAGAGCUUGGAGAGUAAGGAACAGUUAGGGUCUCAGGACAGCCGGAAGUCUUCAAAUCACUUUCUCAAAAGGACCAUCAGAUAUCCUACCUGAUCCAUAGGUGACCAUUUUCACAUGCACUGUGAAAGGGCCAGGUAAUCUCUGUUGAGUCCUUGACGACCCCCGCUUUGUGGAACAAAAUUUAUUGCUCUCUAUGUGAAAGAAUGGAACAAGGAGGUAAAGAGAGCAGAAGCCAAGAUAGAAAAGUUUACUUUUCAAACACAAAGGUUCAUUGACAUAAGAAAGAUACGUUGUUUCACGUUAAGUGUUUUCAUUCUCCUUUUCAGAUUUUUCUGCAGAUUUCUUACAAGUGAAAAUGCCUUUUACUAUUUUUUUUAAAAAAAAGGAAAUCAGGGCUCGCCGAAAGAUGUUUGCUGCAGCGGGGUGGAUGGCGCCCGGGAGUGGGCUCUAGGGCCCACACCACCCUGUCCCUGGUGCUCCCUUACCAUGAGGCCAGUGGAUCGCCGCACCCUGGACUGGAUUUCCUCUGUGUUGCUACUUGUGAUCGUCUUGCUCUCCUGGGGAUUCGUCAUCCGUGCGUCAACUGUAGCUGCACGAUGACGACGAUGACGACAGGAGUUUCCAGACAAAUUCUUUGAAAUGAAUGAACUUUGGUAA